GCUUUUCUCUCUUGCUUCUUCUUUGGAACACGUUCUAAACUAGGAACAUGAUCAUUGUGCUUUGUGGGAGAGAAUAAGAAGACUUCUUGUUUCGGGGUAAAUACUGAAAGAUAAGAAGACAACUGGUGUGAGAAGCUACAACACAACAAGUCCACGGAAGCUCCUCUACAACCCCAACCAGAAUCUAUAAACAUUGGAUACAGCCAUAGACCCAAGAAGACCCAUCAUGAUGGCAGUAUUGUUUAUCCUUCUCUGUUCUUGCCUGAUCUCCGCAGGAGUUGCUCUUGAGUGUGAGGUGUGUUCUUCAAGCAGUGGAAACACCUGCUCAGGUCGCUUUGAGAUCUGUAAAGACCCAGAAAGUCGCUGUUUGGUGACCCUGACGGAGACCUCUUUUGGACAAGAGAAGAGUGCAGUUCUGACGAAGGCUUGUGGGAGCCUUUAUAACUGCACUCACCCGGUGAGCCUGAGAGCCAAUGGAUAUCGGGUGAGAGUCAGCGCCAACUGUUGUGCAACCAACUACUGCAAUAAAGGCACCGUUCCUUUGGUAACACCCAACUCCACCCUUAAUGAACUGAGCUGCCCAUCCUGCUUUGCUAAGGAUCCAGAAUCCUGCGACCCCCACGCCACUGUGAACUGCACAGGAAAAGAGAAUCACUGUGUCUUGUUUUCUGUCUCUAAAGAGAGAGGAUCUACCAUCAGAGUGGCUGGCUGUGCUUCAGAUAUCGUCAUCCAGUCCCAAGGAAAAGCUGCAUUUCGGGGUUCAUCCAUCAAUGUGUACAACUUUUCAGAUGGGAACAGUGGAGAAACCCUACGACAAGGCUCAUUGCUGAUACCACUGACUCUUCUAACAGUUAUGAAGAUAGUCGCAUUGUGAGACUGUUAUCAAGCCCCACUUGUAAAACAUUUUAUAUCCAGAGGUUUUAUAUUCAUGAUAUAUACAGUAGCUUUCACAAAAAUGUGUUAUGUUGCAGCUGUCCUUGCCAAACCGAAGGCUGAACUAAGCUCUAGAACAGGACAUAUUAAAAUAGGACUCAGUAAAUGUUCUCUGACAGUGAUUUUGGAAGCCAAAACUGACAUAAGAAACACUUAAUACACUAUGAAACUCUAUUUGGGACAGAGACUUAUUUAUAUAAGGACUAUUCUAUAACGGUGAUGGGACUCAAGGAAGGCUGGUGGAGAAGCACGGAACUAGGCUUCCUAGUUGUUGAUACUGUUACUCAUAUACUAUGCUAGACAAGUGUAAAUUUACUAGCACUUUAUCUUAAAGUCUGGGUUGGGCCUGGUUGAAGAGCAAAGUGAAACUUCUCCAAAUGCCACGUUUCUAAUUGUCCUUGAUCACCAGUUUCAUUAGAAGUAGCAGUUGUAGCUGGAAAAGGUUCAAGGAACCUGGUCCCUGUCUAUAUAUAAACUGUCAAGUGUUGUGUGACUAUUGUGGAGGACCAUUCAGUUUGCCAUACUUCUACAGUUCCUUUAGAGACUCAUACACAUCCCCAAUGGGAACGAUACUGGUGGCGAGAGCAAACUGAUUUCCAUUCCAUAGUGUUUAAAAUGGAAUUGGCAUGGUUACCCACUUCAGUCACACCCUAGUUUUCUAUAAAUGACUGCACAUUCCAUAUGUGAUCAAUAGCUUUGCUGUGUUGCUGAUUAACCAGAAUGAAUGUAUCAAUGACUCCAAUGAUGAAAGUUUUCUUGGGAUUAACUUCUACACACAAGUCCAAUGUACUUAUACUGGCGGUGCGGCCGGGAUCCAAUGGGCGGAUAUAGGGCACCUUUCAUUUCAGUGGGAAAGGGUGUGACAGAUGCCGACGACAAGACUGUAAAAUCUAUAACACAUAAGCUCUGCUACACAAUUGGAACCCAACCCAAGAUCUUCACGUUUAGUUUUCCUUGUUGGGCUAGAAUGCUUUUUCUCAUGCAUUCCUCAUAGUAGACUUCAGCUUGAUACCACAAGUGAAUGUAUAGUAUGCUGAGAUCCCCGGCAUUUAUAGCUUAAUGUAAAUAAUUCCAGGCUUGGCAAGGUUUCCACGUAUACAUUCAAUGUC